ACUCUGUAGUUGAGCUCCUUCAGAUUCAUCUCUCUGACUUUAAAGAGCUUAAACCACUGCGUCACCGGCAAGCAAGAUGUAAUCCGGUAACAGUCUGCGCGAUUGGAUAAGGAAGCCCAUUCUCCAAUUCGAUUCGAUGAGCGAACCGUUCAUCAAACCGUCCUCACUUCCUUGUUUGGUUGCCAAAAACAGUUGCAGAUAAAUCCUUGCGUGCCACAAUCACUGCAAAGGCUGUCAUUGCCUACUUUGUUGGGUACACACGAUUACUUCGAAGCAUCGAAGAAGCCGAGAACUGGGCCGUAGGCCUACACUAUGGCUGUGCGGAAGGCAGCUAAGGUAGCUGCCCUUGGUGGGGGAACGGCCGUCGCAUUGUAUGCCUUCUCAGAACUGAGGGAGCAAAAACAAAAACAGCCUCAAUGGACCCGAGUGCAGGCUGCGGAACAGGUGAAAAUGACCUUCCAGGAUGUGCUUCCCUCCAGAGCGGACCAGCUCUCGGCCCUGCGCCACACGGACGAGUUCGACGUGCUCGUGGUCGGGGGCGGGGCCACGGGCUCAGGUUGUGCCUUAGACGCAGUCACGCGCAAUCUCAAGACUGCCCUGGUAGAGAGAGACGAUUUCUCAUCGGGGACCAGCAGCAGAAGCACCAAGCUCAUUCACGGCGGAGUCCGAUAUCUACAGAAAGCCAUCAUGAAAUUAGAUUAUGAACAGUAUAUGAUGGUGAAGGAGGCUCUCCAUGAACGCUCCAACCUGCUGGAGGUCGCUCCUCAUCUUUCUGCCCCAUUACCCAUAAUGCUCCCUGUCUACAAGUGGUGGCAGUUCCCGUACUACUGGCUGGGGAUCAAGAUGUACGACUUGGUGGCAGGGGCACAGUGCCUGAAGACCAGCUACGUCCUGAGCAAGGCCAGAGCUCUGGAGCUCUUCCCCAUGCUGAAGAAGGACAAGCUGGUGGGGGCCAUCGUCUACUACGACGGACAACACAACGAUGCUCGAAUGAACCUCGCCAUCGCGCUCACCGCUGCCAGGUAUGGGGCUGCCAUAGCCAAUUACACUGAAGUGGUGCACCUCCUGAAGAGGGCAGAGCCGGACAGCGGCGCGGCGCGGGUCUGCGGAGCGCGCUGCAGGGACGUGAUCACAGGGCAGGAAUUUGAUGUCCGAGCCAAAUGUGUUAUCAAUGCCACGGGACCUUUCACGGACUCGCUGCGCAAAAUGGAUGAUCAGAAGAUCCCCAACAUCUGUCAGCCCAGUGCUGGGGUGCACAUCGUCAUCCCGGGCUAUUACAGCCCGGACAACAUGGGCCUUCUGGACCCUGCCACUAGUGAUGGCCGAGUCAUCUUCUUCCUGCCCUGGGAGAAGAUGACCAUUGCUGGGACCACGGACACACCCACCGACAUCACCCCCCACCCCAUCCCCUCGGAGGACGACAUCAACUUCAUCCUCAAAGAGGUGCGCAACUACCUCAGCUCCGACGUAGAAGUGAGGAGAGGAGAUGUUUUGGCUGCCUGGAGCGGAAUCCGCCCCCUGGUCACCGACCCCAGCUCUAAGGACACCCAAUCAAUCUGCCGCAACCACGUGGUCAGCAUCAGCCAGACUGGACUGGUCACCAUAGCAGGUGGGAAAUGGACGACGUAUCGCUCCAUGGCAGAGGAGACCAUGGACGCUGUAGUGAAGAGCCAUGGCCUGAAAGCUGGACCCUGUCGGACGGUUUCACUGAUGCUGGAGGGCGCCAAGGACUGGACCCCAACCAUGUACAUCCGCCUAGUGCAGGACUACGGCCUGGAGGUGGAGGUUGCCCAGCACCUGGCCUCGGCGUACGGUGGACGGGCGUUCGAGGUGGCCAAGAUGGCGCACGUCACUGGCAGGCGGUGGCCCAUCGUGGGCAAGCGUCUGGUGUCUGAGUUCCCCUACAUCGAGAGCGAGGUUCAAUACGCGAUCAAAGAGUACGCCUGCACGGCUAUUGACGUGAUCGCGCGCCGCACGCGCCUGGGCUUCCUCAACGUGCAGGCGGCGGACGAAGCCUUGCCCCGCAUCGUGGACAUCAUGGGGAAGGAGCUCGACUGGAGCAAGCAAAGGAAAAUGGAUGAGCUGGCCGCAGCCAAGCGCUUCCUGCGCUUUGAGAUGGGCUACAAGACGCGCUCGGAGCAGCUGACUAACACAGAGAUCACACUCACCCCCGUCGAGGUGGACAGGUACAAGAAGCGCUUCCACAAAUUUGACAAAGAGAAUAAGGGCUUCAUCACCACGGUGGAUGUUCAGCGAGUACUGCAGAGUAUUAGUGUACAGAUAGAUGAAAACACUCUUCAUGACAUUCUCAAUGAAGUGGACCUCAACAGGAAUGGACAAGUGGAGCUCAGUGAAUUUUUGCAGCUCAUGAGCGCGGUGAGGAAGGGCCAGGUCUCAGACAACCGUCUGGCCAUGCUGAUGAAGACGGCCGAGGAGAGUCUCAACCAGAGGGAACCCGUGUCUGUGGACCGCAGUGGGGGAGGGGUGUGAGCUACCACACACACACACACACACACACACGGCACCCAUAGAUCACCAACCCCUGCCUCAGACCUUGUCACAGGGCCCGUUGCACGGAUGAGGAAAGAGAAGCUGCUGUUACGGACAAAACAUUGAAAUGUUUUUAAAACAUCUCUUCAUCAGA